AUGACCUCAUCAGAGAAUAAUGCCGACAUUCCUACCUCGGAUCUGGAAAGAAUCUGGGGCUGGAAUGCGACGGUACCGGAACCCGUCAAUCGUUGUGUUCACGAUUUGAUUGCGGAAGUAACAUCUAGGCAGCCAACGGCCGAAGCCAUCUGUUCCUGGGAUGGAUCCAUGACUUACGAAGAACUCGAUAACUACUCAACACGGCUGGCGUUCCAUUUACUUGGCCUCGGUGUUGGCCUGGGCAAAAUUGUGCUUCUAUGCUUUGAGAAGUCAAUGUGGACGCCGGUGGUGAUGCUGGCCGUCAUGAAGGCCGGAGGCGCCUCGGUGGCUGUAGACCUUGUCCAGCCCGAGGAUCGCCUGCGUGUCAUUGUUCAGCAGGUUGAGCCUGUCUUAAUUAUCUCCUCGCUCAAGCAGCAAUUUGUCGCGAAUAAGCUGCUGAGUUCUAUGCCGCCGUCAGCCUCGGUGGUUGUCGUCAACGAGCAGCAGCUCGCUCAGUUGCCCCCCCUUCAAAGCGGCGAUGCGCUGCCCGCAGUCGACCCCAGCAGUCUCUUAUACAUUGUCUUUACGUCAGGCAGCACAGGAAAACCAAAGGGCGUUUCCAUCAGACACUAUAAUCUCAGCAGCGCUGUGAAAUACCAGCAGUCGGCGCACGGCUUCAAGCCCGAUUCCAGAGUAUACGAUUUCGCCUCGUAUGCAUUCGACGUUGCCUGGAUGAACGUUCUGCACACAUUCACCGCGGGCGCUGUUUUAUGUAUCCCGUCGGAGGAAGACCGACGAGACAACUUUUCUGAAUCCAUCGUCAGACUCAAAGUGACGUACGCCGAGAUGACGCCAACAAUGGCGUACGUUCUGUCACCCAAAACUGCGGAAACUCUGCAGACCAUCGUUCUGGGCGGCGAAAAGGCCCAUACCGAAGCACUAAAUCGCUUCCCCAAAGAUGUCGAGCUGUUGAACACUUACGGGCCUUCGGAAUGCACGCCAACCUCUACCAUCACAACCAUUGAUCGAAGCGUUCCGUUCUCCGGUAGUAUAGGCACCGGCUACGGUGUCAACACGUGGAUUGUAUCACCAUCCGACCACAAUUCGCUGGUCCCUAUCGAAACCGUCGGAGAAUUGGUGAUUGAGGGCCCGCUUGUCGGCGCAGGAUAUAUCGGCAUGCCUGAAAAGACUGCUGCCGUUUUCAUCAACGACCCGCCUUGGCUGACCCGCGGCGCGCCAGGCCAUGCAGGCCGCAGUGGGCGCGUCUACAAGACUGGAGACAUUGUGCGGUAUAACCAGGAGGGCGAGAUUAUCUUUGUUGGUCGACAGGAUACCCAGAUCAAAGUCAACGGUCAAAGAACCGAGCUCGGCGAGAUUGAGCACAUUGUCAAGGAGUGCCUUGAGAAAACGGCAGGCGACUCUAGAGCCAUUGUCGAGCACAUUAUUCCGACAAGCUCGAAAAGACCAGUCCUGGUGGCGUUGAUGGACAUUGAUGCACUGCCCGAUGGCGAAGGCUACUUUAAACUCUUGAGGGAGAAGGGUGCUGUUCUCGAAGAGCAGCUUACCCGACGACUCCCCGCCUACAUGACAAUUUUCGCCUUCAUUCCAAUCAAUGGCUUCCCUCUCACAGUCUCGGGCAAACUCGACCGCCGGGCUCUUCGAGCCAAAGCAGAGGCCUUCAAUCUGGAGCAAUUGACAACAAUGAACCCCUGCCGCAAGGAGAAGCGCGCGCCUACUACCGAGACAGAAAAGACGAUUCAGCAUUUGUGGGCGGGCAUUCUGGAUAUCAGUCCGUCCAGUAUCGGAGUGGACGACAGUUUCUUGCGUGUUGGUGGCGACUCCAUUACUGUCAUGAAAUUUGUCACCCUUGCGCGUGAGAAGGGACUGCAUCUGACUGUGGCCGAGAUUCUCAAGAAGCCUCGUCUGGGUGACCUCGCCGCAUGUGUCAGCGAGAAUAGUGGACAAGACGAGACAGUGAAGCCCUUCUCCUUGCUUCAGCCUAGUCUCAGGGCUGAAGACAUUCGCUUCUACGCGUCCACUAUUUGUUCUGUCGCGCCCGAGAAGAUCCAGGAUGUCUUUCCUUGCACGCCGCUGCAGGAAGGACUACUUGCGUUGACGGCAAAGCGCUCAGGAGAUUAUAUUGCGACAGAAACUUUUGAGCUGCUCCCUGAAAUUGAUGUCGGCCGUUUCCGCUCCGCAUGGAACACUUUUGUGACGCAGACGCCUAUUCUUCGCACGCGGAUGAUUGAUAUCCCCGGCCAGGGCAUCGUGCAAGUUGUCAUUGAGGAGGGCGAUAUGCUAGCUAGUGGAGACGAUUCUCAGAGUCUCGAUGACUAUAUUCGUCAGCAUGAAAAGGUGCAUAUGGAGCUCGGUACACCACUUUUACAUGCUCGCCUGGUACAGCAAGCCAAGGGCAACCAUCUCAUCUGGACGAUCCAUCACGCCCUCUUUGACGGAUGGUCGAUCCCUCUCAUGCUGUCUCUGCUCGAGACCAUCUACCACGCUAGCGACGCUUUGCCGCCAGCACAGCCGCCUUUCCAAGACUUUGUGAAGCACAUUGUCAAGGGUGAUCAGGAGCAGAUUAAAGCAUUCUGGAAUGGGCAGCUACAGAACCUGGAAGCUCAGCCAUUCCCUGCACUACCGGCACCAGACUACGAGCCCAAGCCUACUACCGUCCUUAAUCGCCAGAUCAAAGAUGUGCAAUGGCCACAAGCUGGUGUGACUCCGACCAUGGCGCUUCGUGCCGCAUGGGCAAUUGCCAUUUCCCAGUACACUAGCUCAAAGGAUGUCCUCUUUGGCGCAACAGUGGCUGGACGACACGCUCCUGUACACGGCGUGGAGUCCAUGAUCGCUCCGACGAUCGCGACGGUGCCUCUCCGCGUUCAGUUCGACACUACAAAGAGCGUCAGUCAGUUCUUGACAGAUAUGCAACAGCAGGCGGUGGACAUGAUUGAGUAUGAGCAGGCUGGCUUGCUUAAAAUCAGCCGCGUGAGCGCUGAAGCCAGAACUGCCUGUCAGUUUCAAACCCUGCUCGUCGUCCAGCCCAACAAGUCGGAGACCAAGUUUGAUUCUACCAUCUUUGCGCCUGGCACCGAGGAAGAGGAGAACAGCCCAGACUCUGGAUUCCUUGGCGCCUUUGACACGUAUGCCAUCAACAUUAUUUGUCACCUGGAGCCAAAUGGCGUGUGGCUUCAAAUCAACUACGACAGCGACAUUUUUGCCAGCGACAGGACAGAGCGCAUGGUCACGCAGAUGGAGCACGUGCUGCGACAGAUGAGCAUCCCUGGGAAUCUUGACAACAAGCUCGCCGAUGCUAUUACCAUGAGCGAGACCGACUUGUCCGACAUCUGGAAGUGGAACGCGCAGGUUCCCGAAGCAGUUGACCAGUGCGUCCACGAGCUGAUCAAGGUUACGACGCAGAAGCAGCCCGACGCUGAUGCCAUCCACGCGUGGGACGGAAAGCUGACGUACAAGGAGCUCGACGUCUGGUCCACCAAGCUAGCCAACUACCUCACUAGCCAGGGGGUUGGUAUGGGCUCCAUCGUCCCUCUCUGCUUUGAGAAAUCCAUGUGGACGCCAGUUGCUAUGCUGGCUGUCAUGAAGGCGGGCGCUGCAUCCGUCGCAAUGGAUCCCGAGCAGCCAGAGCAGCGACUACAAACAAUUGUCCAGCAAGUCCAGCCCAAGUUGCUGCUAUCGUCGACAAAGUACCAUGGCCUCGCGGACAACUUGACCACGUCAAUGGCGGUUCAGGUCGUGGCAAUUGACAAGGAAUGGCUGGCCCAAGCACUGCCUUCUUCCGAGGGUCUUGCGCUGCCUGUGGUCGAAUCAAGCAGUCCACUCUUCAUCCUCUUCACCUCUGGUACUACUGGCAUUCCUAAAGGUGUCCUGGUUACGCACUCGAAUUUCAGUACUGCAAUCCGGUACCAGAAGGACUUUUUCGGCUACAAUGGUCCUGAGGCGCGCGUGUAUGACUUUUCUUCAUACGCCUUUGACGCAGCCUGGCUCAACUUGCUGUUUUCGUUGACGGGCGGCGCUUGCUUGUGCAUUCCCUCGCAAGACGAACGUCGCGACGAUCUGGCUGGUUCGAUGGAACGAUUCCAGAUCACCCAUAUCGACAUGACACCCACAGCUGCCAGUCUUCUCACCGACGCCGCUACUAAGAGAUUGCACACCUUGACUCUGGGCGGAGAGCGACUCCUGCCUGCAGACGCAAAGCGCUGGUCAAAGUCAGUCAAACAUGUCAACAACAUGUAUGGUCCAAGUGAAUGCACAGCUACAGCUACAAUCUUACGUGUAACGCCUGAAAUGGUUAGCGACAGCAUCGGAUUUGGUGCUGGUUUGUGUACAUGGAUUGUCAAUCCACAGAAUUCUUCCUCCUUGGUGCCUGUGGGCUGUGCUGGAGAACUUCUGCUCGAAGGCCCCCUCGUCGGCCCAGGCUACCUCGGCCAGCCAGACAAGACUGCAGCAGCGUUCAUCGAAGACCCUGCCUGGCUGGUCAGCGGAGGCCGACAGGGACGUCUGUACAAGACCGGUGACUUGGUCCGCUACCACAAGGACGGCAGUUUAAUCUUCAUGGGCCGAAAAGACACACAAGUCAAGUUCAACGGCCAACGUCUUGAGCUGGAAGGAAUCGAGCACGUCAUCCAAAAGUGCUUCACCGAUGUUGGGUACAGCCGCGCUGUGGUCGAGGUCAUCACACCGACGCAAGGCAAGAAAUCAGUCUUGGUGGCGUUCCUGGACAUCGGCGUCGCAGAAAAAGACGACUUCUUCAAGUCAAUGCACGAGCGCCAAGCGGAUAUCGAGGAGAAGCUCGCGCAGUCUCUCCCGACCAACAUCAUCAUCAGCGCCUUUAUUCCACGAAAAGGCUUCCCGCUGACCACGGCGGGCAAAAUCAACCGCCAGUCCUUGCGCACUGAGGCUGAAGCUUACACGCUGGACGAGCUGACGGCCCUGAACCCCUACCACAAAGAAGUUGAGAAGCGGCCGCCCACGACCGAGGCCGAGCGCGCGAUCCAAGAGCUCUGGUCUUCGACCUUGGGCAUCAGUCCAGACACCAUUGGUGCGGACGAUAGCUUCUUGCGUAUUGGUGGUGAUUCUGUCAGCGCCAUGAGAGUGGUGGGACUUGCGCGUCAAAAGGGCGUGUACCUGACUGUGGCAGAGAUUCUCAAGCGGCCUCGUCUGAGUGAUCUUGCUACCGUCGUGGGCACGCUGGUCGAGCCUAGCCAGCAAGCUAUUGCACCAUUCGCGCUGGUCCGAUCUGGUGCUGAUGCGCAGCAGACACGACUCGAUGCUGCCAAGCUCUGCUCAGUCAAUCCGGAGCAGAUCCAGGAUGUGUUCCCCUGCACGCCGCUGCAAGAGGGUCUGCUUGCGUUGACGGCGCGACGCGCUGGAGACUACGUCGCGCAAGAAGUCUUUGAGGUGCGUCAGGAGAUUGAUAUCCCGCGCUUCAAGGAGGCGUGGCAGAAGUGGGUGGCCAACACGCCUAUCCUCAGGACGCGCAUUAUCGACUUGCCUGGCCAAGGGCUCAUGCAGGUCGUGGUUGACGAGGCCUACACAUGGCCCGAGACGGCUACCGCCGACUCCUCAAAGGACCUUGACCACUAUAUGAGCACGGACAACAAGCACCCUAUGGGCCUGGGUGUACCUCUGAUGCGUUUCCGACUGGUCCUUCAGGAACAGCGCCAUUACCUUGUCUGGACCAUUCAUCACGCUCUCUAUGAUGGAUGGUCAAUGUCCAUCAUGUUGAGCACGCUGGAAAGCACCUAUAAAGGUGAGACCCUCGCACCAGCGCCACCGUAUCAGGCAUUUGUGCAGCAUGUUAAGAGCAUCGGCCAAGAAAAGGUGGCCAAGUUCUGGAGCCAGCAGCUCCAGGACUUGGAGGCACAGGCUUUCCCCUCCCUGCCUUCGCCCAACUACCAGCCCGACUCUAGCCAGUCUAUCGUCCGCUCCAUCAGCGGCUUGUCGUGGCCCAAGACAGACGUCACCCCCACUGUGGUGCUCCGAGCAGCCCUUUCCGUCAUCAUCGCGCAGUACACGGGCCUGAGAGACAUCAUCCUCGGAACGACCGUCGCGGGUCGUCACGUUCCUGUCCCUGGCGUUGAGCGCAUCGUGGGCCCAACCAUUGCCACCGUGCCUUUGCGCGUGCAGCUGGAUUACUCCCAGAGCGCCACGCACCUCUUGGCUAGCAUGCAGGACCAGAUGGCCAAGAUGAUUGAGUAUGAGCAGGCAGGUCUGCUGCAGAUCAGCCAAAUCAGCCCCGAGGCCAAGGCCGCCUGCCAGUUCCAGACGCUACUCGUUGUACAGCCUGACGAGGAGACCCAGACUGCCGCGGGCCUCUUCGCUCCGGAUACCGAGGAAGAGGACGAAAUCAACACCGAGCAGGGAUUGAUCGGAGCUUUUGACACGUAUGCCAUCAACAUCAUCUGCCAGCUGAAGCAGGGCGGUGUGCGCCUCCAAGUCAACUACGAUAAGAACAUUGUUGCAGCCGAGCAAAUGACAAAGAUUAUCUCGCAGAUGGAGUUUAUGCUGCAGCAAUUCUGCGCCUCAAACCUCGACAGCAAGUUGGCUGAUUUCAUCUCUCUCAACGCUGCAGACUUGUCUUCUAUCUGGGCUUGGAACUCGGCCGUGCCAGAGACUGCCAGUCAAUGUGUGCAUGAUAUCAUCGCGGCAACUAUUGCUAGACAGCCUAGCGAUGUGGCCGUGCAUGCCUGGGAUGGGCAGCUGACCUACCAAGAACUGGAUAUGUGGUCGACCCGCCUGGCGCAUCAUCUGGUUGCUCUUGGAGUCAAGGGCUUUGUUCCUUUGUGCUUUGAGAAGUCCGUCUGGACGCCGAUCGCAAUGCUCGCAGUCAUGAAGGCUGGUGCGGCAUCGGUAGCCAUGGACCCGUCACAGCCAGAGGAACGUCUCAAGACGAUUGUACAGCAAGUCAAGGCUACGUUGGUUCUGUCAUCCGCGAACCAUCGAGACAUCGUGGACAGUCUGGUGGCCUCUACAGCGGCCAGUGCCGUAGUAGUUGGCGAGACGACGCUGGCUCAGCUCCCGGUUCCUGACUCGGCUGCCAAGCUGCCUGUCGUCAAGCCGGAAGAUCCGCUGUAUGUCGUGUUUACCUCUGGCAGUACGGGCAACCCUAAGGGCGUCUUGGUCACACAUUCCAACAUCGCCAGCGCCAUCAAGCAUCAACAGCAGGCUCUUGGCUUCAGCAAAGCCUCGAGAGUUUACGAUUUCGCCUCGUACACAUUCGAUCUCGUCUGGUGCAACCUCCUUCAAGGCCUUGCCGCGGGAGGCACACUCUGCAUCCCAAGCGACCGGACAAGAAGAACGAGCCCCCUGCAAGGUAUUGGUCAGCUUUCGGCCAAUGUGUCGCUCCUCACUCCUUCCACCAUUCGCGCCCUAGACGUGGCCGGACUGGCGAACCUCGAUACGCUCCAUCUGAUUGGCGAGUCAUUUAGAAAGAGUGACAUUGCAAACAUGUCCCACAAGACGGCCAUCCACAACAUGUAUGGCCCGAGUGAGUGUACUACAUUCGCAACGCUUCAUCGCGUUCCAGAGGUCCGCGGCUCGGAAAAGACAAUUGGCAAGGGAGUUGGCCUGAACACGUGGGUCACUGAGGUUUCCGACCACAACAUCUUGACACCCGUCGGCGGCGUUGGUGAACUAUUGCUGGAGGGACCUCUAGUGACUCUGGGCUAUAUCAAUGAGCCCGAGAAGACCGCCGAAGCCUUUAUCGAGGAUCCGGCCUGGAUGCUCCGCGGUGGGCCGGGGCCCAAUCAAACUGGCCGCCAUGGACGUCUCUACAAGACAGGUGACUUGGUGCGUUAUCACCAAAAUGGCAGCCUGAGCUUUGUUGGCCGCAAGGACAACCAGGUCAAGGUCAAUGGCCAACGCCUCGAACUGGGAGAAGUCGAGCAUGCCAUUCAGAGAUGCCUUCCCGACGGCACCGAUGCUGGCGUUGUCGUCGAGCUUGUUACACCCUCAAAGGGUGUAAAGCCAAUCCUGGUUGCCUUUGUGGACGUGCGUUCAUCUGUGUACACGUCCAAUGGCGACGCGACCGAGACCCUGAAUGCCGCCCUGAAGCCGAUUACUGCCGGCCUCGAGGACAGGCUCGCAGAGCAGCUGCCCGCUUACAUGACGCCCUCUGCAUUCAUCCCCGUCCUCGGAUUCCCGCUCACGGCGAGUGGCAAGAUGGACCGCCGCAGUCUGCAUGCCAAGGGCGAGGCACUCACACUGGAGGAGCUGACGGCAAACGCCGGCUCGCAAGAGAAGCAGGCUCCUCAGACCGAUGCGGAGCGACAAAUCCAAAGCCUCUGGUCCUCCGUGCUGAGCAUCAGCCUGGACAGUAUCGGUAGAGACGAUAGCUUCCUGCGCAUCGGCGGAGACUCCAUUAGCGUCAUGAAGCUCGUUGAGGCAGCCCGCCAGCAGGACAUCUUCCUCACCGUAGCCGACGUCUUCAAGAGCCCUCGACUAAGCGACCUUGCGGCUAGAACCAGCGAGCGAGGCCAGGUCCAAGUCGAAGAUGUCGCCCCAUUCUCGCUUCUCCAGCCAGGCCUCACGAGCGACGAGGCGCGAGCCCAAGCUUCCGCGCUCUGCUCCGUCGCCCCUGGCCAGGUGGAAGACGUCUUCCCCUGCACACCGCUGCAGCAAGGUCUUCUUGCUCUGACCGCAAAGCGCGCGGGCGACUACGUUGGUCAAGAAAUCUUCACCCUCCAUGAGAGUAUUAACAUGGCCCGCUUUAAGGAGGCCUGGAAAGACUUGGUUGCCACAACGCCUAUCCUGCGCACACGCAUCAUUGACCUGCCGGGACAGGGCAUUGUGCAGGUCGUGGUUCAAGAACAGCCGGAAUGGCCUGCCGAUGGCGGAAACGCCAGCGACCUGAAAUCUUUCGCAGACGUCGAUAGACUUCAGCCCAUGGGCCUAGGCACGCCCCUGACACGAUUCCGACUCGUGAACCAGGCCGGUCAGCAUCACCUUCUCUGGACAAUCCACCAUGCUCUUUACGACGGAUGGUCGCUGCUGUCUAUGCUCAACUCCCUCGAAAAGGCAUACAACGGUGACAAGAUAUCCCCGGCUGUGCCUUUCCAGGGCUUCGUCGCCCACAUGGUCAACAAUAACUCGGCGCAGGCAAAGACAUUCUGGGGCCAGGAGAUGGAGGGCCUGGAAGCGCCGUGCUUCCCCGCGCUGCCAGCCUUUAAUUAUCAGCCCAUUGCCAGCCAGUCUCUCACACGCCAGAUUAGCGGUCUGCGCUGGCCACAGGUCGAUGUGACCCCUUCCAUCGCCAUCCGCGCCGCGUGGUCCAUCGUCGCCGCGCAGUACACUGGCGUGGACGACGUUGUAUUUGGCGCCACGAUUGCCGGGCGCAGCGCGGCCGUACCAGGUGUCGAGUCCAUGGUCGGACCGGCCAUCGCGACAGUGCCCCUCCGCGCCCGACUGGGCGACCGGUCUAAGACGGUGGCGGAAUUCCUCGUCGGCAUGCAGGAGCAAGCUGUGAAAAUGAUAGAGUUUGAGCAGACGGGCCUUUCCCAGAUCAGCCGCGUCAGCGCAGAGGCCAAGGUAGCAUGUCAGUUCCAGACGCUGCUCGUCGUGCAGCCCAUCGAAGAAACUCAAAUUGGCAGCGACCUGUUCCUUCCGGACAGUGAAGACAAUCAAGAGCAGGGAUUCAUCGGCUCAUUUGACACGUAUGCUGUUAAUGUCAUCUGCGACCUGGAACAGGACGGCCUGCAGCUGCAAAUUACCUAUGACGAAAACGUCAUUGCGGCCGAAGCCAUGACGAGGAUUACCGUCCAGCUGGAGAAAGUCCUCCGCCAGCUCUGCGACGCCGAUAGCCUGCACGGUAAGCUGGCCGACGUCGUGUCAAUCAAUUCGCAGGAUUUGGACGAUAUUUGGAAAUGGAAUGCGACCGUCCCAGAGGCUCUCAAUCGCUGUGUACACGGCCUUAUCAAAGAGACGGUGGACAGACAACCACAAGCCACCGCCAUCAACGCGUGGGACGGCAAAUUUACAUAUCAAGACCUCGACAAGUGGUCCACGCGACUUGCCCAGCGUCUGGUGGAGCUUGGCCUUCGGGCAGACUCCAUCGUGCCCGUUUGCUUUGAAAAGUCCAAGUGGACAUCAGUGGCCAUGUUGGCGGUUAUGAAGGCCGGCGGCGCGUCGGCGGCUCUGGACCCGGCCCAGGCAGAGGAGCGGUUGGCCACGAUUGUUCAUCAAGUUCAGCCACAGCUGAUCCUCUCGUCGUCCAGCUGCCAGAAACUUGCAGUGCGACUGGCGAAAACUUCUGGAACCACCGUCGUUGCAGUUGGCGAAGUGCAGCUGAGCCAGAUUGCAGUCAAGGACGUCGGGCUGCCUACGGUUGUGCCCGAAAGCCCUCUGUUCGUGCUCUUCACGUCUGGAACCACUGGAAUUCCCAAGGGUGUUGUUGUCACCCAUUCCAACUUUAGCAGCACAAUCCUGCAUCAGCAUGGUUACUUUGGCUAUGACCAGUCCGCACGGGUGUAUGAUUUCUCGUCAUAUGCCUUUGACGCGGCCUGGCUGAACCUCUUGCUGUCCCUGGUCGGCGGAGCCUGCCUGUGUGUGCCUUCCGAUGAAGAGCGCCGCAACGACUUGGCCGGAUCAAUGGAGCGCUUCCAAAUUACGCACAUUGAUAUGACGCCUACGGCCGCCGGUCUGCUGCCGGAGAGUGCCCUGCGCAAGCUGCACACAAUGACACUAGGCGGAGAGCAGCUCCGUCCUGUUGACGCGCAGAGAUGGGCCAAGCUAGUCAAGAACGUGCGGAACAUGUACGGCCCUAGCGAGUGCACGGCGACGGCCACAAUUCUGAGCAUCGACUCCGAGGCAAUGGUCAAGGACAGCAUUGGAAAGGGUGUUGGUCUCUGCACAUGGAUCGUUGACGCGGAAACUACCACCUCACUGGUGCCUAUUGGUUGUGUUGGCGAGCUGUUGCUCGAGGGUCCCCUGGUAGGCCCCGGUUAUCUCAAUGAACCUGAGAAAACUGCCGCAGCCUUUAUCGAGGAUCCUUCCUGGCUGACGCGCGGAGGGCCUAACCGCGCCGGUCGCCGUGGCCGCUUGUACAAGACCGGCGAUUUGGUUCGCUACCAUCACGACGGCAGCAUCAUCUAUGUCGGUCGCAAGGACACACAGGUCAAGGUCAACGGCCAGCGUCUCGAGCUGGGUGGCGUGGAGCACGUCAUUCAAGAAUAUCUCGCCAGCACUGGUGGCGAGAUUGGUGUCGUGGUCGAGCUCGUCAAGCCCUCUCAGGGCCACAAGCCGGUUCUCGCUGCCUUCCUCGACGCUGCACCCACAGAGAUCCAGGAGCUCACGAAGAAGCUUCAAGCCGGCCUGGAGGAAGUCCUCACCCAGUAUCUUCCUACUAACGUGACCAUCACGGCAUUCCUCACCGUCGCCGGUUUCCCGCAGACGGCCACUGGCAAGCUGGACCGCAAGAACCUGCGCGCCAAGGUGGAAGCACUCACGCUGCAGGAGCUCACGGCUGCCAACAUUUACCAGGUCGAGAAGCGAGCACCAAGCACCAACGCCGAGCGUCUGAUGCAGGGGCUGUGGGCCGCGGUACUCGGCAUCAGCACGGAGAGCAUCGGCGCAGACGACAGCUUUAUGCGUGUUGGAGGGGACUCUAUCAGCGCGAUGAGGCUGGUCGGAGCCGCGCGACAACGUGGCUACAACCUCACAGUCGCCGACGUUCUCCUCCACCCGAAGCUGUCCGAUGCGUCGCAGAGAAUCCAGCAGAUCGAAGAUUACGACCCUGUUGUGGAUGCGCAAAAGGCACCGCUCCAGCUGCUGCCCUCCAAGAUUUCCAACGAGCGUCUCGGAGCAGCCCUCCAGAGAUGGUGUUCUCGCGACGAGCGAGCGCAAGAUGUGCUGCCGGUCACGGACGAGCAGGCGCGCCAUCUCGCCAUGACGUACUCUACGUCCCGGAGCAUGCUGUUUUACCACGCCCUCGACGUCUCCACUGAACUCGACUUGCUGAGCAUGAUCAAGGCCUGCUCGAUUCUUGUGUCGCGAUUCGACAUUUUGCGCACCGUCUUCAUUGUAGAGGGCGACUCUUUCUUGCAGGUUGUGCUUCGUUCAAUGAAGCUCGAGGUACCCACCAUCGUGGCAGAGCAGGAUGAGAGUAUCGAGAAGAGCAUGACUGCCCUGUUGCGACGCGAGUCGUCUAUUGCGCUUGAAAUUGGUGUCCCAGUUACCAAGUUCUUCAUCCUCUACUCCGAAGAGCAACAGGCUUACCGAGUGGUCUUGCGCGUGUCUCACGCACAGUUUGAUGCCAUCAGCUUGGGUCAGAUUUGGUCAACUUUCGAGGACGUUUGCAAGGACGGCGUCAAGGCCAGCUCAGAGCCAGCUUCGACAUUCUCUGCCCACAUGGAGUCCGUUGUCGGGCUCGACAAACCGCAAGCAGUGGCGUACUGGCGUGAUCUGCUGCAAGGCUCCUCAGUCACGAAACUGAACGAGGGCGUUUCUCACGAUGUCAAGCACGGUACGGAUAUUUCCGUCACAAAGUCCAUUUCGCAAAGUCAACUCCGCUCAAUGGACUUUACCUUUUCCACCGUGCUUAGCGCAGCCUGGGCGUAUGUGCUCGCCAAGCGAUCACAGAUUGACGAUGUCGUGCUCGGCAUCUUGGCACAUGGUCGCGACCAGCCCGUCAGCGAGGGUGUCUGCGGACCUUGCGUGAAUGUCGUGCCGCUGCGUGUUACGUUGAAGGAUGGUUGGCGCGUGCAGGAUCUCCUCGCCGCCGCCCACACUCAAAGGGUAUCCAGCAUUCCUUAUACGCAGCUUGGCUCUCGCGAGAUUGUUCGCAGCUGCACAGAAUGGUCGCAGGAUGCCUACUUUGGCACCGUGAUCCGCCACAACAGCUACAGCGACGAUGAAAGCCAGGCCAGCCGCAUGCACAUUUUUGAGUCUCUGAGCUCCGGUCCUACGGUCGACAUUGACAAUGUCGAGGUCCACAUUACUGCGAUUUCGAGCGAUGACAAGAUUGAUGUCGAAGUCAGCUUCGCGGCGAACGUGGUUCCCGCCGAUGUGGCCCACCAACUGGCCGCUGACCUGCAAGACACCAUUCUGCAAUUCUCCAACAGCCUAGAUGCGCCUCUGCAGUCGCUGCAGGAGCUGCCCUCGCUGAAGUGCUCGCUGCCUGUGCGGCCUAAGCCUGUUCAUGUCAACGGCAUCGCGGCCAAGACACAGCUGGCGGAGCGAUGCCCGCCCGCCAAAACGGAAGCGUUGCGCAUGGCGUGGAAGAGCGUGCUUGGCGAUGGCGUUGAGCUGGACCUGGAGUCGCCAGCCACCUUUUUCGAUCUGGGAGGUGAUUUGAUCGGAGCUGGUGUUCUCGCGGCUCACGUUGCGAGCCAGGGAUACUCGAUGACCACGGAGGAUGUCUUCCAACACCCAACUUGGCUGUCGCAGCUAGCGUUGCUCGGCGGCCGGGCGCAUUGA